GCAUCGUGGUGGGCCCCGGCGAGGUCUGCUGCUGGUGACCUGUCAGACGCUGGGAAGUGUUAACUUGGGCUCGGGGCAUCCUGCCAGUCUCUGGCCUGAAACUCCUCCCAGGGUCUCGCAGGAUGAAGACCUUGGUUUUUUGUUAAUGUUUAUUGAAUUUUAGAAGCCCCCCGGUUGUGAGCGUUGGUGUCUCUCUGCCGUGGUUGAUUAGACCUGGCCCUCGCUUUGGUUUUGUGACGCCCUGUUUGUCCUUUCGCCCUCUCGGUUGGCCUUACUGGUUUGGUGAGGGCAGCCCUGGCUGGGAAAUCUCACAGUUUGUGUUUGAGAGCGGGGAGAAGCCCCUGGAUAACGCUCCUGCUGAACACAGAGCCAGGUGGGGGGGACGGCUCGGGAGCUGAAGCUGUAGCCUAGAGAUACCGGUCAUUUAUUUGUGUUUAACCCCCUGGUGUUGGGCAGAGCACGUCUGGCAGCGAACGCACAGGACAGUGGUAGUGAGCAGACAACUGCUUUUGUUGGUUCAGGUCUAGUUAAUUGCUAGUUAAUGAACUUGUUCUGGGGGUCCAAGUUCAUUUGGUUUCACUUACUGUUUGCAGAGCGAGCUGGUGGAGGUGCCGCGGCCUGUGCGCUCAAACAGCACCAGAAACAGCAAACUUUGACAUUUGUGCUGCUCCAGCUGCAGAGGAAUUUGCUGAUCCCUGUGUUCAGAGGGGUCUGAAAGUGCACACACACAGAGAAAAGCUUCCCUUAAAUAGGAGAGUUGGGAGGAGGAAGUUGCUCCCUGCUCAAGGGUGGCUGCCGUCGUAAUUUACCCCAGUGCUGUACUGGUGGGAAGGAAACCAGAAAGGGGAUAUUUCAGAGGCGGAGGCAAACAAUCUGACUGUCUGUGCCUGACACAGAGUUCCCGUGUGCCGGCCACCAGCCCCGAGAAGAAUUCAGAUGGUGUAGAAAUGUUCUUGACAUCAAACGUUGUGUAAAUUGGGCAGACGCAGUUAUUUCACAAUCGCCGAUCCGGAGCCCUGCGCAGGAGGGGGAGCAGCAGCGUCCCCGAGCCCGUCCCUGGGCCCCGGUGUUCCCCGUCCCCUUAUCUCCCGGGGCCGGGCGGUGCUGGGGCAUCGCUGGCGUGGCCACCUUCUGCCCGGGGCCUUAUCGCAGGAGCCAUCCCAGAUGUCUUAUCGGAGCAGCCCCACGCUGCCGGCGUCCCCCCUCCUUUGGGGAAUCCAUUGACUUUGGUUAGGGGCCUGUGCCAACUCGAGCGUAGCCGUAGUAAAGGGAAGCAGUGUUAUUUUUAGAAGCUCUGAAGUUUCCCUCGUGCCGAGCGCGGCGCGGGGCGCUGAGCAGUGGUGUUUGCCUGCGGUGGCUGUUCCGCCGCGGCUGGGGCUGGCUGCAGGGUCUGUCACUUCCUCUCCCGGCUGGGUGACACGGCGUGGCCCAGCUUCUCCUCCAGCUCCCAAAGUGAAGCCAUUUCCUUUCAGGGUCUGAAGCAUUCUGGGCUGCUGCUCCCCACGGCAGCGUGGUUGUGGAGCACAAAUCCUUCACCCGCAGCAGGAAUUGUGAGGGAAGGUGACUGUCACAAACUCCCAAGGAAUCCUGCUCCUGCACGCGCGGGCUGUUCACCCCCCGAUGUUCUCUCUCCGGUGUUGGAGGCUACAAGGGCAGCCAUGGCUCUCUGCACCCAGCGUUGGGCGUGGGGGUGUAAAACUCUGUUAUUGUGUGUUGCAGAAUGACCCCCUUGUGUCUCCCUGACCUCUGCCUGGUGUGAAGCCCCAGCUGCCUCCGUGACAGCUUCCAUCCAGCCUGUCCUCAGCCACGCUGUGCUGAGCCCCUGCUGCUGUUCCCCUCCCUGUUUCUUGAGGCUGGUUUGGCCCCUGGAGGGGACAGGGAAAGGCCCCCAGAACACGCAGCUGUUUAAAAGCUGGUGUUUGAGUGCUGCUCUUCUGGGAAGGCCGCUGGUUUUGCUUUCACUUCACCCAGAACGACAUCAGAUGUUAUCUAAUGCCUUGUCUCUGCUGGGAAUUGACUGGUGUUAUCUGAAUCUUUGCUGAAGCCAAGUUCCAAACAGGCUCAAGCCCAACGAUUUGCCUCCCUGGGCUGGUGGAGGCAAAAAACAGUGGUUUGGGGACUUUUUGGCUCCACAGUUGUGGUCCGUGUUUGGGGCGAUGGGCUGCCGGGCUCUCCCACACCAGAGGGACUCUUCACAGCCUUUAUGUACCACUUUCUUGUCUCACUCAGUGUUUCUUCUCCCCCAGGACUAUAUUUGCCCACGGUGUGAGUCUGGUUUUAUCGAAGAACUUCCUGAAGAGCCAAGGAACGCUGACAAUGAGACCAGCUCCUCCACAUCAACCAGUGACCAGAACAGGCAUCCUUUUGAGAACGUGGAUCAGCACUUAUUCACCUUGCCGCAGGGCUAUGGCCAAUUUGCCUUCGGGAUCUUUGACGACAGCUUUGAGUUUCCCUUUGGGUCCACCGCGCCCUCGGAAGACAACAGGGACUCCGAGAACCGGAGGGAGCGAGAGCAUCAGUCUCGGCACCGAUACGGCGCGAGGCAGCCCCGGGCCCGACUGGCCACACGCCGUGCCGCCGGCCGGCACGAGGGCGUCCCCACGCUGGAAGGAAUUAUCCAGCAGCUCGUCAAUGGAAUUAUUGCACCUACGACGAUACCAAACCUAGGACUAGGUCCCUGGGGAGUCUUGCAUUCGAACCCGAUGGACUAUGCGUGGGGGGCCAACGGCUUGGAUGCAAUUAUCACACAGUUACUAAAUCAGUUUGAAAACACUGGACCACCGCCAGCAGACAAGGAGAAGAUCCAGGCCCUCCCCACCGUACAGAUCGCCCAGGAACACGUAGACUCUGGGCUGGAGUGUCCCGUGUGUAAAGAAGAUUACACCGUGGGGGAGAGCGUCCGGCAGCUGCCCUGCAAUCACCUCUUCCACAACAGCUGUAUCGUCCCGUGGCUGGAGCAGCACGACACGUGUCCUGUGUGCCGGAAAAGCUUAAGUGGACAAAACACUGCCACAAACCCCCCCGGACUCACGGGGAUGAACUUCUCAUCAUCCUCCUCCUCCUCCUCUUCCUCCAGCUCACCAAGUAACGAGAACUUAUCAAACAACUCAUGAAUCUUAAUCUAACCCUCUGUCCCCGGGCCCUGUCCCUUGUCCCUCCUCCCUCCCCAGCAGCGACCGGGGCAGAGCGAGGGGAGGGGAACGGGGGGGGGAACCAGCGCCCCCAGAAUUCCCUUUUGAGUUCUGAAGAUGUGGAGACUCUGGGUCCUUCAGAGAUGAGAAGCCUCCAGUUCUGUGACCGGGGGGGGGAAGAGCUCUGUCUAUUAAUAAAACCAUCCGUUUGCCGCGUGGAUCUGGCCCGUUGCAGUGAGCGGCGGCUGCGCCCGCGGACGGACCCCGCGGCGCUGAGCGAGCGGUUGCCGUUCCCCACGGAGAGGGUGUUCGUAUGGUUUUGAAUUUGAGAUUCCUUUUCUUGAUUUCUUUUCCUCCUCUUCGUCCUCCCCUCGGAUUCUGUCUCUUCUGCUUUGGAGAUUGACGUCUAUAAAACGAGCGCGUAAGAUACUGCCUCCCCCCCGGCCCCCCCGCUGGGGAGGGCCCGUAGCUGUCACUGAAAACAUGAACUUUGGAAACAGACCCCGUCCCCCCCCUCAGCUCCAGCCCCUUUAUUUUUCUUUGUAACCUCACCCUUCUGAUACUCAACACUGAAAGGGUUUUUAUAAUUUUAAAUUAUUACUGCUGUUAAAUAAAUGGACGUUUCAGCUCAA